AGUGGUUGGUUAUUUCUAACCAGAGUAAUGUAUAUCCACAGUUAGUAGUGGUUGGUUAUUUCUAACCAGAGUAAUGUUUAUCCACAGUUAAUAGUGGUUGGUUAUUUCUAACCAGAGUAAUGUAUAUCCACAGUUAAUAGUGGUUGGUUAUUUCUAACCACAGUAAUGUAUAUCCACAGUUAAUAGUGGUUGGUUAUUUCUAACCAGAGUUAUAUAUAUCCACAGUUAAUAGUGGUUGGUUAUUUCUAACCAGAGUUAUAUAUAUCCACAGUUAAUAGUGGUUGGUUAUUUCUAACCAGAGUAAUGUAUAUCUCCAUUUAGCAGUGGGUUUUAUUACAUGGUAUUUUAUCAGUCACACAGCCUUGAAGACGCCUUCCGGAAGUGCUCGACAGUUUCAGAAUGUCAUUGGAGACUAGGAUUACUACUAGAACGGCUUUUCAAAAGAAUAAUUGAAGACGGUCGCAUUCCUCGGGUAGUGAAGUUGACGAUUAGAAAAUAUGACCAUAAAUUGCAUCGAGCAAGUAGGGAGACCCGUCAGUGUGGGCUGCCACAAGGCCUGAUAAACAAGUUAGUAACAGGUACUGAUAACGAGUCUCUUGUUCACGAAAAGGUUUUAGAUGUUUUGAUGAAACUUUUUCACAAGAUGAUAGAGGUAACUAAUCCCUUUCAUCUUACCCUGCUGGGGAUUUGUUUUACCAACUUUACUGAACAGAAAAAUAGUAUUUUAAACUUUUUCACACCCAAGUCUUCAAGGAUUUCUUCACAAGUAGUAGUGCAGGAAGAUCACUUUAAUUCAAGAAAACCUUUGUUGACCAAUGAAAGUUUUCAAAAAAUGUGCAAGCAUUAUUCUGAUGAUGUGUUCAAUUCAUCAACUUCACAAGAAAAGCAAAAGGGAAGAGAUAGUUUAUAUGAAGAUGGAGCUAGUACCUAUCCUAAACGAGUGUGUGCAGAUAAAACUGUUUCUAGUCCUAAACGAGUGUGUGCAGAAGAAAAGAAGCAUUCGAAAGUUUGGAGAUCAUUUUUCUAUCCAUCUUUAUCUUUUGGAGAGACUGGUGGGAGUGUAAAGAAAACUCUACUAACUAGCCAGGUUAAUUCAUCAUCUGAUACUAAGUAUCAAUCAUAUGUACAUGAUGGUCAUCACCAUAAAGAUGACCAGUCAUCCCUCCCCUUUAGCCAGUCUGAUACAACAGAUGGUCUUCCACUUGGAAUUGACUAUUCCACUUUCAAGGAACUACCGUAUGACCUUGAACAGGGAUUAUUAAAAAGUAGGAAACUAAAUCCACAACCUUCAUAUUUAACAUCGUUUAACAGCCAGGAGGAACAGUCCACUACCCAAAGGUCUUUUAAUCUCAAUACAAAUUCUGCAAACCCAUCUAAUAAAAACACAGAUAGUAAGUUAGCCAUUUGCCCACCAGGAGUCGACAAGACAGUGUUUUCAGAAUUGCCACCAGAGGUCCAAGCAGAAUUGAUGACAGAGUGGAAAGUAGAGUUAUCUAGUAGAAGAACAACAAAGUCGAAGAAGAAUGUAAAAACUUUACGUGCAUACUUCAGUAAAACAUCCAAGGAAGAUGACUUGGACUUGACAUCGUGAUAAAUUUUAAAGUUGUUGGUAAGAGAAUUUUCAGGUGAUUUAAACUCCUGUGUUUUAAUAUAAAGUGAUAAAAUUGUAUUGUUAAGAACUUGUUGAAUAAAGAAGAGUUGAAAAUUGGUUUUCCUAA